UCAAUAGCUCUGUAUCUUUGUUGUCCACUUAGAUUGCUAUUUACCUGCCAAGGAGACCAUUCAUUGAUACAAACCAGAAUCUGUGACUGCAGUCAUCUUUAGAUAACUUGCCCACAAUCUGAGUAAUAUUUUUGAGGUCUUUCAUAGAUACAAAUUAAGCUAAUGGGAUAAAAUCAUAUCCAGCUGACACUUUAAAUGGUUUAGGUUGGCCAGUUAUUGGUUCUGCUACCUGGGGAAAAGAGACAUAUUACAUAACAGACAUAACAGGUUAAUUACUGCAGCCCAGGUAAGAGGAGAGGAUAGGGGACCAUUGAGUGAGUCAAGUGUGAGGACACACAGAGGUUUCUCAGUACAGCUUUGGUAUCGAGUGCAGUGACUGAGAUUUUCUUGCAGCCACUUUAAUUUAUUGAGGAUAUCUGGAGAAUUGCAUGAUAUGAAUUAAGGAAAAGGGGAGCGACAACUAGAGACAGACAACCAUAUGUUCUGGUCUCCAAAGACAUCUUCUUGAUUAACUCCACAACCACUUAAUACUGAACCACAGUCCCUCAUAGACCUGGUCUUGAUCUGCUUUGUGGUGGGUACCAGGGAGGAAACCAGAGAAAAGAGAUACACAGGAUAUGUUUGGACACAUGGGUUUAAAGUGGUAAACUAGACAAAAGAGCUUCUAUUGUGUCAAUUAUCUACUGCAUUAGUGAGAUACUGCAAUGUUUGGCUCGAUGGACUGGAUACUGUGCUGUGGGAGCACCAAGUUCUGUGUGUGUACUGUGUGUUGAAAUCAGGUGCCAGUGAUAAAGAUAGUAAAAUAUCUUGGUAAUUCACAAACACUGGCUUGUUUGGUAAACCAGUGCUGGUCACUACAAGUGUGAAUACUAUAACCACCUGUUUUAGUUGUUUGAAAAGAAUUCUGUUGUACACUAUGAUUGAACACAGUGACAUGAGCAGUAGAAGGCAUUCUAGGCGGAGGUCCUCCAGAAAUCUCCACAACAAUAACUCCAGGGACAAGGACCCAGAUUUAGUUGGGCGUAUCCAAGAUCGACUGUUUAUCCCUGACAACUGCAGACGUGCCCUGGUCAGCGACCGGUGUCAGGUGUGUGAGACCCAUGUGGGACAACUGAAGCAAGAAGUGGUCAGCAUGGUGCAGUCAUUUGAGCGUGCUCAGUCCCAAGAUGCUGCCUCGUCAGCCCCAGGUGGCAGUUCAACCUCUGCCUCAGCCCCUGCCCCUGUGGCUAGAACUGCCAAGGUACCCACAGUGUUAAGGUUGCCUUCUUCAGGAACUCCAAGCGGUCAUCACAG